AUGUUUGGUAAAUUCAUAUCUGACACAUAUAACAAGGUGAAAAGCAAAGCGGACGAGGUCAGGUUACAUGUAAGCGUACAAGCUAUUAAAGCAAAAGAAGUAUUUGGACUUGUAAAACCAACAACCAUAGAACAACUAGAAGUAUUAUUAAAUUAUGAACUUCAACAAAUAGAUUCAGCAGAUAUGUUAAUAUCAACAUAUAAAAAAUGGAUAUAUAAUAUAAGUCAAUCUGAUAAAAGUGAUUGUAUUAGAUACUAUAAAUCCAUGAAUAAAAAUAAUGAAAAGAAUUUCUUAAGUAAUGUAAAGCAAAGUUUUAAAAAUAUCAAUGAGCAAAUAGCAAAUUUUAAAGACCAAAAGGAAAGUGGAUUAACCAAAAAUGAAGAGAAUGAUAAUAUGAACGAAAAAAGAUAUUACAUACCAAAUGAAGAUCAUAAUGAUGAUAAUAAUAAUAAUGAUAAUAAUAAUAAUGAUAAUAAUAAUGAUAAUAAUAAUAAUAAUGAUAAUAAUAAUAAUAAUGAUAAUAAUAAUAAUAAUAAUGAUACCAAUAAUGAUACCAAUAAUAAUAAUAAUGAUAAUAAUAAUGAUAAGGUUAAUAAUAAUGAUAUGUAUCAGUUCAGUGAUAAGUCAGAUAAUAAGAAUAUCUGUAAUAAUGAUUCUAAUAAUAGCAGUAAUAAUAUUUCACGUUGUAAUAGUAGAGACGAAUCUCAUAUAAAUUAUCCAACUUACAAUAAAAAUAUACCUAUGAAUAUAAACAAAAAUCUUUCAUUCAAUAAUAUUUAUGAUGAUCAUUAUGGCUAUAAUUUUAAAGAAUACUUUUUAAAAAGUAAUAUAUUAGAAAAAUCAAUUAGUCUAAUAUUAGAAAGAAGAGAUAUUAGAUUAUCACUUGUAGGACCUAUAGAAAAUGAAGAUAUAGAAAAUCCCAGAAUUGUUAUUCUAGAUAUGUUUAAACUCUGUUUUAUAGGUAACGAGAAAUUACAUAAAGAUAUCUUAUUUAUUAUUUUAACUACUGACAAAUUAUUUGAUAAUCACAAAGAAUUAUUUCUAGAAUUAUUAUCAAUAUUGAAACAUGAUUAUUUAGAUAUUUAUUUAACUAACCUCAGAAAAAUUAUCUCAUCAGAAGUUGUAUGUCUAAAAAGUAAAAUACAAUCAUAUGAUACUCAAUCUAAUCCUAUGAAUAAAAAGUUAAAUUCUUUAAGCAAUAUAAGUCCACAAAGUACUAGUUCGUCUAUAGAUUUUGAAGAAGAUCAAAACAUUAUUAAUAUGAUCUACACAGACAAAGAAAAAAACAAAAAAACUAAUAUAAAGGUCGAAAUAAAGGAUGAUGAAAGUCAAAAAGAAAAUAUACAUCUUAAAAAUGAAGCGACAGGACAAACAAAUGAAAUAUCAUCAGAAAAUUUAAACACACAAAAUGAAAUUAAUAAUGAAAAACAUGAAAAUAUAGAACACAUCCAAAAACAAAAUAUAUAUGAACAAAUAGAACAUCAUAAUAAAAUAUAUAAUGUCGAAGAAGAUAAUAUAUAUGAAACAAGUUUGAUAGAAAAUAAUAGAAGUAAUAAUAGUAAUAGUAAUAAUAAUAAUAAUGAUAACCUUAACAUUUUUGAUAAUAAUAAUUGUAACGUGGAUAUAAUAUCAAAUGAAAAGGAAAUAAUCGAAAGUAAUAAAAUACAUCAAAUUAAAAUAUUAGCUUCAUACAAAUUAAUAGAUUUACAUAAAACUGUUGAAAAAAUAUUAUUAUAUGCUACCGAAAAUAGAAUUAAAAGAAAAGAAGAAAUCAAAAUAAAAUUAGAAGAAUUAAAAAAAAUUAUGGAAGUAUGUAUUAAAGAUUGUGAUAUAACACUACAUGAUACUGAAGACUCAAAAGUACAUAUAGAGAAUGUAUAUGUCAAAGAAUUAGAUAUACAUACAAAUAAUAUACAAAAUACACAAGAUCAAAUAACUCAAAUGAAAUGUUCUAUAGAUGAAUUAAUACUAAAAAAAAAUGAAUUAUAUAAUGAAUAUCAACAAAUAUGUAAAGAAAUUCAACUCAAAAACCAAGAACUCUCUAAUAUUAUAUCCAGCUUAAGUACACAUAAAAAACAAUUAACUCAAGCUGAAUAUAAUUAUUUAAACAAAUUAUCAGACACAAGCAAAGCAAAACAUAUGCACCAAGAAAGGAAAUUAUAUAUUUCAAAUCUUGAUAAUAUAUCAGAUGAUAUAUUAAAAGAAUAUGAAGAAUAUCCAUGUAUUAAUACACAAGAAUUAAUCACUAAAUCAAACAAAAUUAAAAAACCAAUAAAAUUUGUAAUUAUCAAACAUAUCAAUUAUUUAAAAGAUAAAUUGUAUUUAUUAAAUAUUUUAUUAAAAUUUUAUAUACAACAAAUAAAAAAGUUAAUGGAAGAAAAAAUAAAUGAACAAACAGAUAUUAAUUCACAACAUGACCAUAAUAAUAUAAUAUCAAAUGAAAAGGAAAUAAUCGAAAGUAAUAAAAUACAUCAAAUUAAAAUAUUAGCUUCAUACAAAUUAAUAGAUUUACAUAAAACUGUUGAAAAAAUAUUAUUAUAUGCUACCGAAAAUAGAAUUAAAAGAAAAGAAGAAAUCAAAAUAAAAUUAGAAGAAUUAAAUAAAACAUGGAUAAAUAUUCAAGAAUUCUAUGAUCAAAAUAAUGAGUAUAUAGACGAAAUAAAUGAUUCAUCAACUUGUACUUAUGAAGCUAUUAAAGAAAUAUAUAAUAAUACUAAAAAUAUUAUAAGGCAAAAUAAUGAUAUUAUAUCAUCUAUUGAAUGA